GCUGUUAAUAUUUUUCGACGCUCAUCGUCCGCAGAUACAUACAAAUCUUUCAGACUCUCCAACUUUUCAAAUCAAGCCCGAACUACAAUAUUUUAUACGUACAAAAAUAGUAACAAUAGUUCAAUAAAAUGUCCGUCAAUGCAACAAUGAGCGAAGGUGAUUUACGGUUAGAUUCGCCGGAGUUCGACUUGAUGUGUUUGGAUCGUGUCAAAACCGAAAUACCCGUGAUCGGUUUGGGUUGCAAAUACUUCACGAAGCUCGUUGCCAGUCUUAAGGAGUCCUCUGCUGUCGUUGACUGGAGUCUGAAUAAAGCUACAAUUGGCGUGGAUCACGUUGUCAGAUUUCCGUACGUUAAAGAUCAGUUGUUAGCCAUUGACCGUUUGCUGUGUUCGUCGUUGGACUUAACCGAACUCUCAUUACCCGUGUUGACUAGAACACCACAAGAAAUGUACGAUGGAAGUAUAAGAUACGUGAUUGAAAUAGUAACACCAUUUACCAAUUGGAUUGAUUUGGAGCUUUUGCCUUCAACGGAAUAUUAUGUCAAUCAAUAUUUGCCGGAAUUGGAUCCUGAUCAAAAAAUAAAGCUCAUAAAUAGUGAAAAGGGUCCAAGAGCAUGUCAAUUAUCCAUGACGCUUGCUCGUCGCAUCAAACAACACGCUUACGCCGAACCAAAAUAUUUGGGAAGCCUGAUGUACAGUUUAUAUGGAGAAUCAAUUUUGCUGACGAAAAUAUUUGUUUUUGAACCAAAGUUGUUGCCAAAGACGUUUCGACAGAUCUGGAAGAAACUCGGCGAUGGUGCUACACCAGUUGAGGUAGCUAAUAGCUUAUUGUUAGUGGAAAUGGGCUGUCUACGAAUCAAAGAAGGCGUAUCUUCACUUGUUAAGAUGAUAGAAAUCACCGAACAAAUGGCCAAAUACUACAUUGAAAUGUUUUUACGAUAUGUAUACGAAAAAAAAAAUCAUGUGGUCAAUAACCUAUCGUGUGUAGUACAACCUGAAACGAAAAAUCAGGAAAAAAACAUAGAAAACAUGUCUCAGCAUAAAAACGUGGAAACUAAAACAAUAAAUGAGAAUACAAAUGGCGAUGAACAUUCAACAUCUAAAAACUAAAUAGAUUAAAACAGCUUAAUAGUAAACUUAACA